AUGGUUGAUCAUGGUUUUCUCACUCGUGAACUUCACGCGUUUAGUGAGGGUGAUUUUGUCUGUCCAGAAUUUUUCCAUCUAGUCAACCUCCCGGGGCAAAUUCCGCCUAGUGCAAGCUGGGCUUAUGGCAUGCGUCAUGUCCCUCAACGUAUCCUCCCAUUCUUAUCCCUGGGUCCGGCGGCUCACCUGCGAGACAUCGAUUCGCUACGAACAGAAGGCUUCACGCUCUUACUAGCGAUUCGAACCCAUCAAUUUGCUCAGACCCGCCUUGUGUCUGCUGAAAAGGCUGCUAGUCAGCUUGGCAUUUCAGCCGGGGCUGUUGAAGUGCUCGACACCCAGGAGUUGACUUCCCUCCUUCCUCACGCUAUAAGACGCAUCAAUGAUCACCUCGCAGGAGUCGAUGACAGUGGUCCAACUAUUCACAGUCGUGAUAACGCUCCAAGAAAAGUCCUUGUUUUCUGUGAGACGGGAAAUGAUCGAUCAGCCGUCGUCGUCAUCGCCUACCUGAUGGUCAUGCUUAAUCUCACUGCCACCGAGGCCAUCGAUAUCGUGCAAAGAAUCAGAUUGUCUAUGGUACCAUCGAAUUCCAUGAAGAGUAUGCUGGAUGCAUUCGACUCCAUUUUGGCUGCAAAACGUGACGUCAAAAGGGCAAUGCACAGGGCCACCCAGGGUGAGGCGGCCUCCCUGGGUACUCCAUCUUUUCCGUCUGAACUCUCCCUGCACAAACGGAGCUUCGCAGAGCAAGAUGAUAACGGCAUCGUCGCCGGGGUCAACAGCACCCAAGCCUACGAUGAUAUUCGUUCUCCGCAGAACAGAAGGCCACCAUCGCCAUUCCGGGAUCGAUUGUUUGAAGGACUCACAUGA